AUGGCGUCGCGUGCCGUUCAUCGGCCGGGCCCUCCCCACGAGCUGGCGAUAAUCACCCUCAUACCAACGAAUACCAAAGCCCACAAGAUUCUGAACCACCAUGCCAACUCACACCUUUUAUCCAUGCAGGGGGAUGGUCGACUUGGUUUAGACAUCGGUCACGUUCGUUCCGCAAAACCGCGAACCAUUCUUGCUACCCUCGGUCGCGACGUGAGCUCGGAUAUUGUUAUGCCAUUUGUCGAACUAUUCAAGUCGCAAUGCGUUUUUGAGCUUAAUAUAGAGACCAGUACCGUCUUAUUUCGCGAUUUAUCAUCAUCGAAGACUACGCAAAUUGGCGGAGAGGGUGUUGCAAAAUUCCAUGGUAACAAGCGCACGAUCGAUCUAGGAAAUCUCCCAAACAUAACCAUCUCUAUCGGCCCUUCAGAGCCUACAUUCCAGUUCAUUGUACGUUGGAACUACGACAAGAACGAAACUCGUGAGAUACUUGGCACCCGGGGUGCAGCAUCGGUUUCGAAGGGCUACCUAGAGCAUCUAGGACGAGCUCUCACCCUAGCCCCUCCCGAGCCGGAAACAUUGAGACCCUCGCAGCUAGAGACGGUAGACCCUACACCUGGCGGCCCAUUGCAUCCUAUAGUUUACGAAAUCAUGAGCCAGAAAGGUUCCGGCGCAUUUGGACAAGUUUUUAGCUGCAAAUUGAAAGGUGGCGGUAUCGCUGCUGUAAAGCAGCUGUGGAAUGGACCUGGUAAAUAUUUCAGCGUCGAGUUCAUACGUCGGGAAGUUGAUAUUCUUUCUCGACUAAGUCACUAUAUUACCUCACAAGGAUGGGGUACGCAGAUGAUCGAAAUCUUUAUGGGACUCGGCCAAGGUAGCUUAUUCGGGUUACUGCAUGGGACAACACCAAAAAGGCUUCCUCAAGAUCGCCCCUUCGUUGAGUCCGUCUUCAAACAGAUGCUUCAAGCUCUCGACUACCUUUCAACUAUGAACAUAAUGCACCGGAAUGUCAAACCCGAAAAUAUCCUCUAUAUAUCCGAUCAUGAACGCAACCUUUCCUUCCAACUCGCCGAUUUCGGGCUAGGUCAUCUAGAGCCUCAGCAAGCCAAUUCCGAGGUUGGAGCCACAGCUUACAUGGCUCCGGAACUUGGAAGGGAGACGCAGAGCCCUAAAGUGGAUGUUUGGUCUUUGUUCAUGACCAUUGUGUGGAUCCUCGACAUAGAGGAUUUCCGUCGGAAGGCGCCGCGAACCAUCUCACGAGAGGAUUAUCAUGAUAUAAGGGACGACGCACUGAACUCACCCUUAUGGAAAUACAAGAGCAUGGUAGAGAUUAUACCAGCGGACCGUGCCUCAGCCGCACAGAUCCUUCUCACAUUCUUCGAUGGAGAGGGACUCAGCACGCCGCGAAAACUAAUUCGCCCGCUUCAUGAUGAAGAGGAGGGCUACUAUGAUGAGUCCGAAGCUAGUGAGGGUGGUGAUGGCCCCCACUGGGACUAUGAACAGGCAUAG